GGGCGGAGCUGCAGCAGGAAGCGGCAAUUGGAGCAGCCCGGCGCUCUGCGGGGCGGGACGGGGUGGGGCUGCGCUCUGCGUUCUGCUCUUGACGGGAUCUAACGGCUGAGCGGCCUGGAGUGAGAGGUUUUAAUGUCCUUAUUUUAUGGAAAAGAGUGAACUUUGAAGCUUCUCAACUUAGAACGUUUGCUGUUGAAGAUGAUGUUUGUUCCACAGAUCUCAUAGACUUAAAAAUUUACAUGAUUGAAAUAAUGAAUUUGUCUUCUCCAGUCAGCCAUGUUAACCGUGAAACAAAACGCUUAUGUAGUAAGAAGAGUGGGUCCCAGUCCCUACAAAAUAGCACUGCAUCAGAGUUGGACGUUGCUGAAGAUCUGAAAAGGAAACUCUGUCAAGCUAAAGAAGAAAAAGUAGACAUAAUCAUUAAACACAAUCAAGAACUGCGUGACUAUGAAAUCCAGAUUGUCAAACUGCGGUCUGAAUUUGAGAAAGGAGAGGCAAUUCGACAAAGUCUGGAGUAUGCAUUGGCAGUUGCCAAAAAAGAUGCCCGUUUGAGAAUAUGUACUGCAGAAGAAAAGUUAAGUGAUGCAAGAAACAAACUUGCGGAGCUGCAAGUGCUCAAUGAGCAGCUUCAGCAGAGACUGGUGGAGUCUGAGAAAACAUUUCAUAUUGCUCAACAGAAGUGGAAAGAACAACAACAAAAACUUGCAAGUGAAAAGGAUGAUAUUCUCAGAACACACAAGGAUGAAUAUGAAUUGCUUCUGAAGGAAAGAGGUGAACUAGAAAGUGUUUUGCAGAAGCAGAAUAGUGCACUGCAAAACUUAAGUAAGAAAAUGAAAGAUAUGGAGCUGGAACACUGUGACUGUUGUGAACUGCUUACUCGUCAAGUUCAUAAGCUUGAAUACAGUGCUGAACAAGAGGAACGACUUAAAAAAGAACUUGAAGCAGCUACAGACAGAAUAAAGCAAUUGGAAGAAAGCAUUGAAGCAGAAAGAGCAGCACAUUUGAAAUCCAAAUUCAAUUUGGAAAUCACUCAGAUGAGAAUUCACGAACUUGAAGGAGCUUUGCAAAUGGAAAAAGUCAGCCAAGCAGAAGCUCUUUCAGAUUUAGAGAUGAUCAGGAAGGAGUUGAAAGAGGUAGAAAAUGCGUAUGAGAGAGAAAAACAGAAUGCCCAAGUGAACUUGGAAAAAGUCAAUAGAUUAGAAAGAGAGUAUAUCUUCACAAACAAGCAAAUGAAUGAGAAGAUUGAGGAAAAGGAGGAGGUAAUUAAAGAUCUGUCGGAGAGACUACGAGAAAAUGAAAAAACUCGCAGAGAAUUACAAGAGAAACUUGCAAUGGCCAAGAAACACCAGGUCUUUGUAACAGAGACGUAUGAAAACAACAUGAUGGAGCUGAAGUUACUCUUGGACAGCUUUGCUAUGUCAGGCCAGCGGACAGCAGGCACUUGUAAGGACAAAGAUAAACCUUCAAGCCUCUCUGUCCUUGAGACUUUGAGGUGUACCUUGACAGCUUACCAGAACAAGCUGGAAGACACAUCUAAUGAGCUUAAGAAAAUGAAUGCUUUGUGUGAAAACACAAGAAAAGAGCUUGAGAUAUCCAAAGACAAAAUGUAUGUUUUAAGUCAAGAACUUAAGGAAGCACAGGAUAAGCUGGCCAAUGCCAAUAAAGAGUUAAAUCAUCUGCAUACUGAGUGUGCAGAGAGAGUGGCUUUAAUAGGAACUUUACAAAUGGAACUACAGAAUGUGCAGCAGUGCUGGGAGGAGGAGAAAAUACGUGCUGCAGAAUCUGAAAAUGAAAUCCAGAAGCUUACCAGGGCUUACCGUAAGGAUAUGGAGGAGAAGCUAACCUUCCUUCAUGGUUUAUACCAGCAUUUGGUAGUUGGCUGUGUGCUUAUAAAACAACCAGAAGGCAUCCUAGAUAGAUUCUCUUGGUCUGAGCUUUGUGCAGUCUUGCAGGAGAAUGUUGAUGCCCUGAUCUUAGACCUCAACAGGGCUAAUGAGAAGAUAUCUCACCUAGAAUGCAUUUGUAAGAAGAAGUCUGAUACUAUGAAGGAGCUUCAGCGGAGCCAGGAAGAUGAAAUUAACAAAAUGGCUGAACAGAUGAAAGCACAGGAAAGCUGUUGGCAGAAGCAAAAAAAGUAUCUGGAACAGCAGUACUCAGAUCUCCUUGGGGAAGUUCAUGCAAGGGCACAGGAAUACCAAGAGACAGCAGAGAAAAACAAAGAAAAAAUCAGUGUCCUUGAAAAAAGACGGGACCAAUUGGCCCUUGAAAAUCUCUAUGUGAAAAAUACAUUAACACAGAUUCAGAAGGAGCAUUCAUCUCUCCUGGCAGCAUGUGCACUAUUGGCAGGUGCCCUGUAUCCUCUCUAUGGCCGAUCAUGUGCGAUGUCUUUACAAAGAGACCUUCUUCAGGAUCAGGUCAACGUUUAUGAAUUAGUCAACCAGCAAAUUAGGACUCUAGUUCAUGUUCUCUCUGGUGUAGAGGAGGAGAAGGAAGACGACGGGAAAAUUAAGAGAAAAAAAUUCAAAGGCCUGAUACAUGUGUUUCGAAGAGGUGUGAUUACAGUUUUGGCAGCUAACAGACUUAAAGUUCUUGCCCAGUCUUCUAGUUCUCUCUUCUCGUUGAUAAAUGGCUUCAAAGAAGGCAUUGGAAUUCUAGUUUGUGUAGGGGACUCCAAAGGCAAGCAUAAUAUGUCAAGACACAACGAGGAAGGAAUUCGUUGUGUUGAAGCACUCAACUGGUUUACUAGUUCCGAUCUACUUACUGCAAUAAUCAGUUCUGUCACAGAAUUACAGGAUGUUAUUUGCAAAACAGAUCCAAAAUCUUCUGUUUCUGGACGCUUACUUGUAAGUGCAGCCAGGAACUCCUUUUCAAAACUUAUGGACAAGCUUAAUGUAAUAAUGGAGACUAUACCAUUAGAUAGCAGCAGGAGCAUUGCUUACGUGGAGAAAAACUCCUUGAUACAGAGGCUGGCUCGUGGACUUCACAAAAUAAAUGCACGAGCCCUGGAAGCUGGAUCAUGUGACAGACAGCCCAUUAUGAAAAGCAUAGCAUCCUUGCAGAAGCAAAUAUUUGAAUUUACACAAAGACUUCAUACAGUAGAGGUGGAACGCCGCUCACUGCGCCUAGAACUUGCAGAAUUCAAGUUGAAUUUCAGUAAGAUGAAACAAGAGGCUGACAAAGCGCAGAGCCUGAAAGAGCAAUUAAGUUUGUUUAAGCAAUCUAAAUUGAUCGCUCACAAGAGGUUUGGAAGUGCAUCUGAAGAAUUAAAUAAUGCAUUACAUUGGGAACAUCAAGCACAAGUGCUAUUGAAUGAACAGGCACAACAGCUACAGGAGUUAAAUAAUAAACUAGAAUUGCACUCCAGUGAAGAAGCAGAUAAAAACCAAGUCUUAAGUGAAACUGUGAAGAGACUCUCCGAGGCAAAGAUGGAGUUGAGAAGAAAAGAUCAAUCUCUGCGUCAGCUCAAUAGACUUCUUACCCAGCUGGAGCAGGACAAGCGUCAACUGAAAGAGAGCAUCCAUGAUGCAGAGAGUGCCCUCUGCAUGGCAGCGAAGGACAGAGAAUUCAUCAUUAAUCAAAUGAAAUCUGUGGAAAGCACUCUUCAUACGGUCAGAGAUCAGACCUUGCUGUCAUGGACUGCGGCAACCAGGAAUGACUUCACCCUGCAGCUACCCAAACUGCACCUAGAGACCUUUGCAGUAGAAGGGCUGAAGGGCGGGCCAGAGGUUGUAGCAUUUCAGGCCGUGAUUAAAAGCUUUAUGGAUGUCUACCAACUUGCAAGUUCCAGGAUUGACAUAUUGGUGAAAGAAACAGCACCUCAUCAGUUUCACACUGCAUCCCCAGUGUCCAAGCUCCAAACAGCUUGCGUUCAGGAAAGUGAGAACGUAUAGCAGAUGAUUGUGGUAAAUUAUGCAUCUCAGUAAAUGCUGUGAUCCAGUUAUAAGGCUAGGUAAAUCAUUAUUUUCUAAAAUGCUGUAUGCAAGGAUACUUGAACUUGUUUAAGUCUAUAAAGGAACUUCUUCAUCACUGAGAACUGUUUCUAACAUUUUUGUUGAAUGCAGGUAUAUUUGUGCCAGGCAUGUAGGAAGCUAGACAUGCAAAUAAAUAAAUGGCCUGAAUGUGUAGUCAAGUAGGUCUAGAAUGAGACUGCGUAAGUUGUGCCAUUUGCAUACACUUGGUGUAUUUCUUCAUCUUUCUUUUCGAUACAAGAUUAAGAAGAAAUCUUAAAUCUUUAAAGGCAUUUUUGUUUUGUUUUGUUUCUCUUCUUCUUCCUCCUUUUUUUUUUUUUCCCCCUCUCAUGAAGCAAAGAACUGUAGAGAAAACAAGGACUGUUAGGUUUCCUUUUUGAAGAAGAUCUUUAAGAGGAGAGCAGUCAAAUCAAAUGACAGAAGCACAUGAGCAUAUUUGCAUAUAGCCAAAGGUUGUGGCUGUGACUUCCAAAUUUUGACUGAUUCCAAAACAAUUGUGUUUAUGUAUUAACACGCUUCAAAAUUGGAUCAGCAUGAUGGAAAAUUAGCACAAAUAGAAAAUAUACUAGUCAGUGCUGAACUUCACUUUUAAGAUCUUGGAAUGAUCAUUGUUAGAUGACUGCAUUGCCUUAUCUGUGGAUGUGCGACCUAAGAUACUCGACAAAAUUACUUCUUUUCUCCAAGCAGCCUUCCUCUAUAUUUCUGCUGGGUUUACAUGCAUCCUGCUAAGCCUGUGCCCAGUGUAAUUGUGUUGCUCCUUUGCCUGUUAUGAUUGUUUUCGUUGUUUAGAACAAGAUGACCACUUGUAUACUAAGGAUUCGGAAGUCUGCCAGACUUGCUGCAGUGAGGUUUGCUUUCAUUCUGAUUGAGAGAGCUUUUAGAGAAGAUUACACUAGUCCUGCUUGUGAAGAGCUAUGCAGUGGCUUGAUUUGUUACAGUGAAAACAAACAAACUGCACCCCCAGCUCUCUGGUGCCUGUGAUUAAAUGCAAUCCUUUAGUAAGUAAUUUGUGUUUGCAUACAGUACAGAUGUACAAAUCAUACUGUUUGCACUGCAGUACUGACUGUGGGCCCUUCUAUACAACCCACUGGGGAGAAAAAAGAGUUCCCCCUCAAGUAACAGUUUAAAUUGAACUUCAGCAUAAGUAUUAAUUGAAAAUAUUUAAAAAUUUUAAUGUAAAUUGCCCCCUUCCUCCAAAAAUCCAGACUAGUUUCUCCUACUACCUUGAAAAAAUUGUGUUUAUUGAAUAUUUUGUAAUGUAUGUACUUUCUGUGGAAUUAGUCCAUAAUAUGUGCGAAUGUUUCAUCAAGUGUGACUUUCAGUACCUUCAGGAGUCAUGGGUUUUCAGCAUGGCUUACAUUUUAAAGGUUUGGUUGACAGUGCCCUGUUCUGAUUUUGAUGAAAUUUUGCACUAAGUUGUCCUUUGUUGAUAAAGCAGCACUGUUUUUUGUUUUUCUUGAUUAUUAGUCUUUUCUAAUAGUCUUUCUUUGCAGUCAUUGCAGUUUUGCUUCUGUGUAUUUCCUUUUUUUUUUUUUUUUUUUUAAUUUCUUUUUUACUUUACCUUCUCUGAAAUGCAGCUGCCAUAGUCACAGUUCUGUUCUCCACAGUUUGCUGCAUUUGGGUUAUUUGCUGACUGGGGUUGUCGGAUGUGGAACAGAGAAGGCAGCAGCGAGCCUCUAGGAGGAAAUGAGAUUGAGAAUUUCACUGAGCAUUGAACUCAGUACUGGACUGGCACUGCCAUUUGGUCCAUGAAAUUUAGGUACCACUAUCACAGUUAAAAACUUCUUAGUGGUCUUCCCUUCAUAUGUCUCUGACCUUGUGCCCUCCUAUGACUUGCCUUAGGAAGACCUAAUGUGCUUAGAAAAUGGUCUACAGUGGAAGUAUUUCGACAGUAGGAACUGUAUCCAACAGAGGAGAAGACACUAGCUGAAAGUGUUCCCAUACUUCUUUUUUUGCUGUUUGUAGUUAUUCAGCAACAGCUAGUAAUGUCAACAUCACAGAUGGGCCUGUGUUUCAAGGUUUCCUUUUAAAUGAACACCCGCCAAUAUUUUAACUGUACUGGACUCUACUACUUUGAUCCAUUUUAUGUCUUCAAAUAUAUUAACUUAUUACUGUGCUUGCACUUUCAUUCAGAGUUGUAGGAGCAAGCAGGCUUUGAACUGAGAGCUUUUAAAUGCUGUGCUGUGAAAUAGCGCAGUCAUAAGCAAUUACUUUGUGGGUGCUGUGGGGUAAGAUGUGGCAUGAAGUUAGUCACACAGCAAGCAUGUGAGUCCCUGCCUAAGGGAGCUUGUGGCCACAAGUGCAGUGUUGUGGGGAGCGGAUGUAGUGAUGCUGUAUUUUUCAGUGUGCUUUGACACGUUUCAGUUACUAAGUGAAUUCAGUUCAUUAUGGUAGUGCUCCGGAAGGUGUUUUCAUAGCUUUCAGACCUAAGAUUUCUCUGACCUAGAGAGUACUGCAUCUCUGUGGCCUUAAGCAUGCAGCUGAUCUCAUUAUACUCUAUAAGUUGUUUUUUUUUUGCUUUCACAUCAGAAUCAAAGGAGAGUAGAAAGUGAAGGGGGAAAGAGAGUAACUUUAUUAAUCUGAUGAGGAGGGAAAAGCUUUCCUGGUUAAAUGGAAAUUUGGGAAGCCAGACGGAUGACUUUAACUGUAAAAGGUGAGAAGGUUUCAGAUGGGUGAGAGGGGUUCAGUGAAAGAUUCCAAGAGGAGCAGAGUUCUCAUGAAACGAGCCAUGAAACAACUGUUGUCUUUGGAUGCUACUCCUAACCGGGGCUGAAAAUCAAAUCACUCAUUGCUUUAUGUGGCUUUUCAUCAUCCUUGCUUUUUAACCCCUACAGUUGUGGCUACGUCCAUCUUCUGUCUAAAAAUUCCUAGUGAUAUCUCACACAGUAGUGGAAAUGUAAAGAUCAUAAUUUUUGAUAAAGUGAGGGAAGUAAGUAAAGUGAUCCUGCGUGUGAAAUAUACAUAAGCCAUCGUGUUUUUUACUGAAGAACAGCAUUAAGCAGAAAGUAUAUUUCCUUGGAGCAGUCAAGCUCUCAGUUCUCGUUGUCUACUUGCACCUCAUUCAUGGGAGGGAGAGAGACAACAAACACCAUGAACUCAGGCUUACCAGCUAACGACACCACUGACAGUCUCUAUCUACUUAGCUGGACUGUUGAGGGCAGUGCAUAUCUUUCCCCUGUGUUUUUACUUCUUGCUGUUCCACUGCUUUAAUUGUCGUUUGAAGGCUGAGAGUUGCAUCUAAGUGGGUUGCAGUGUCUUAACACAUAGAAUGAUGGAGAAGGGAGCUGGAGAAGAAGAAGACUAUUGGACUUUUCACUUGCUGCUCAGGAGAAAGGCUCACACUCCGUCAGUGUGAUGUUAUGUGACAGAGAACGUGCUUCAUGGGCUGGAGCCAUAUCUCUUGUGUUAGAACAUGGAAUGACUGAUGUAGCUGGGGGAAUUCUUGCCAGAUGUUGCAUGAAGCAGAUGGGUCCUUGAUGAAAACCCUGCAUGGCUUUUCCACUACUUCAUGCUAGCCUGGUGUACAGUUGAACCGAAAAGAUUUUGUUUUAAGAUUUUGAAUUGAACUGAUUUUGUGAAAGAUUUGAGACACUUACUUUUAAUUUUUAAUUACCCAUGAAAAAAACAAAACAACAAAACAAAACAAAACAAAAACCUUAAUAUUUUCAUUGUUACCUUUGUCUUGCAGCGUUUUCUUGGGAAUAGUCCAGGAUAGAACUCAGUAAGAUGUAAACCUCAAAUAAUUGCAACACUGCUCUCUAUUGUUAAUUAGCGGUGUGUGGAUUAUUUACUGUGAAGUGUAUGAAUGUUCUUCAAGUGUUACUAAGUAAAGGAACAUGUAACAGCCCCGCAAGGAGAAUUUCCCAACUGUUGAGGUAAUAAUAGAGAUGAAAGAGGAAAGACCAGUGUGAGCAAAAAAUUAAAAUGAUUCCAUUUUCUAAGCUCGAAGUCUUCAUUAGGAUGACUCUGGAAAGCAGAAAUAUCUACCAGGGAGCAAUUUUUUACAGAAGUAUUUGCAUCUCUUACCUGACUGCAAGCAACUGGCCUUCAGCUGACAACUUUACUGCACAGUCAAGGAAUGCAGGUAUCCUGGUAUAAAUGCUCACCUUGUUAUGUGGUAUUGCUUACAUAAGUAGCAGUUGUAACCAAACUGUAUAAAUCAUGGAGUUUAAACUAUUUGCUUAUUAUGUAGCACCAAUAAAAAUAUAAUAAUAUGAAACCAA